UACGCGUGCAGCCAGGCACGAGCAAAAAGAAGGACGAAGAGCCAGCUCGAGCUCAGCGGUCGGCAAGGGGAGGGGGCCGCGAUGGAUCUAGACGAAGGCCAGGAUGUGCCCAUGACCGAGGCGGCCCUGGAGCCCCCGUCGCUACCUUCGCCCAGGAAGGGGUCGGACCUGCAGGCUCGGCACACGGGCCCGCUGGUGUGGCUGGCGCUGUUCGUGAUGUGCCUGAUGUCGCGCACCUUCAGCCGGCUCGUGCUGCUGGCGGUGGGCGCCCUGCACCCGGCCUACCUGUCGUGCAAGGCGGUGCGCGCGCGCAGCCCGCGCGACUACGUGCGCUGGAUGAUGUACUGGGUGGUGUUCGCCGCCUUCCUGUGCGUCGAGCCGCUGGCCGACCUGGUGUUCGGCUGCUGCCUGCCGCUCUACGCCGAGCUCAAGAUCGCGCUCGUCUUCUGGCUCCAGUCGGGCACCAUGCGCGGCGCCAGCCUCGUGUUCCGCAAGCUGGUGCUGCCCGAGUUUGCCCGGCGCGAGGACAGCAUCGACUCCCACCUGGGACAGCUGCACACGAAGGCGUCGCAGGUGGGCGCGACAACCAUUCGCUACGUGACCCAGGCGGUGAUGCAGACAGUGUUCAGCCACAUCCGCGACAACUACAGCGCGGCCGACCUCCUGUCGUCCGAGCUGAAGCUUAACCUGUUCGACCCGAUCGAGGGUUCGUCGUCCCUCGAGGACCCCUCGGAGAUGGCACUCGGAGACCAGGGCGGUCGCCGCAAGGCGCACCGGCGUGGCGAGGACGAGGCCAAGAAGCGCAAGAUCAAUGCCAUCUAGUGGCCGGUCCAGGGACGUGCGGACAGGAUCUCGAUGCAGCGCUCGUGGUGUGCGACGCUUUCCCUCCCUCCCUCGGGUAGCAAAAUUAAAGUGACAGAAUGUACCCCAAGAGCUAACAGGAAGCAGUUCUCUAGAAA